AUGUCGGGUUCACAUCUGCUUUUGAGUUUUCUCUCGAUACUCUUACUCUGUCGAGUCUCUGUGUCAAGCAUCUUUAUGUUAGACGAUCCUGUUGUUGGUCUUGUUGCUUGCCGUCGUCCCAACCAUAUUCAAUCCCUUACACAGUUCAAGAACGAGUUUGAUUCCACCGGUUGCAACCAAACUGACUACUUCAAUGGAGUCCGGUGCGAUAACACGACAGGUGAGGUCGUUAAGCUACAGUUACCAAGUGGUUGUCUCAGUGGAACUCUGAAACCCAACAGUAUCCUUUUUGGUUUUCAUCAUCUUCGUUACCUCAAUCUCUCUUACAACAACUUCACUUCCUCUUCACUCCCUUAUGAGUUCGGAAAUCUCAACAAAUUAGAGGUUUUAUCUCUUUCCUCUAAUGGCUUCAUAGGUCAAGUUCCUUCCUCCUUUAGUAACCUAAGCCUGCUCUCCUUUUUAGAACUUUCCCGAAAUGAGCUCACCGGUAGUUUCCCGCUUAUACGGAAUCUAACCAAACUCUUGCUUCUCUAA